AUGUCUUCUGCGAUGAAAACUGCUGAGGACACUGUUGAGGAGGAUGCUACGGAAAUGCGUUUUCCUAAAGAGUUUGAAUCCCAAAAUUGUGAUGCACUUCUCACUUCGGAAGUGUUCUUAUUACUUGAGCACAGGCGACAGCAAAACGAAGCAAAAGAUGAAAUAGAAGACAUGAGUGAGGUCUUCAUCAAGACUCUCAAUUACGCUCGGCGUUUAUCUCGCUUCAAGAAUCGUGAGACUAUUAAGGCUGUCCGUGCUAUAUUCUCUCAGAAGCCCUUGCACAAGUUCGAAGUGGCUCAGAUAGUCAAUUUAUGUCCUGAGACAGCUGAGGAGGCCAAGGCUGAUCGCGACAUGUCUGGUGACACGCGGGAAGAGCAGUUGAAUGAAAUCGAAGUCCUCCGCAGUGUCUACGAAGAAUCGCGGGUAGUUACUAUCGAAGAAAGUGGGUGCAUCAGUGGUCGGAUAUCAGUCGAGUUGGAACCUCCAUGUAAUCCUGUUACCGUCUUCGCUACUUCUGAAAGAGGCCGCUCUGCUGUUUCACUGGCUGCGUUGCCACCAGUCAGUCUACUGUUUCGGCUUCCACGCGAUUACCCUGCUGUUUCGCCCGAAUUGGAAAUAGAAUGCGAGUGGAUGAACGAAGACUUGGUAAGUAAGAUAUUCGCCUUUUUUGAGAUCUAUUAG